AGUGCAUUGUGGGAAAGCCGCCUUUGCCACGUUGAUAUCGUUGGCGCUACAGAAAUCCCACACAAAUCGUCAGAUUUUUAACUUUCAAAUGUUCAGAUUGUUGCAGAGUCAGAACCUCUUACAACCGUCACAUCUUCUCGAGGAACUAGUGUGUUCACUUUAAUUUUUGUCACAGUUUGGACGAUUUUGAAGGAUUCUACAAUGAAAGUGAAGGAGAUCAACCGGACUGCCAACAUGGCCUGGAGUCCGGCCGAGCAGUACCCAGUCUACGUAGCUGCAGGGACGGCAGCCCAGCAGCUGGACGCCACGUUCAGCACCAGUGCCGCCCUGGAGAUCUACGCUCUGGACCUGACAGACCCCUCAGUGGACAUGCAGCUUAAGUCCACACUCAGCACAGAGCACAGGUUUCACAAGGUCGUCUGGGGCAAGUACGGCAUGAGUAACGACACCAGGCCAAAUGGCGUGAUAGUCGGUGGGACAGACAACGGUAUGAUCCAUCUCUACGAUGCAGCCAAGCUGCUGGAGAACACAAACGCUUCCAUAACACAGAUCGAGAAGCAUGCCGGCGCCGUGAAAGCGCUGGACCUCAACCCAUUCCAGGCCAACCUGCUGGCGUCGGGAGCCAGCGAGUCUGAGAUAUACAUCUGGGAUCUCAAUAACCUGGCCACGCCCAUGACCCCCGGAGCCAAAUCCAUGCCACUGGAUGAAAUCAGUUGUCUGGCCUGGAAUCGGCAAGUCCAGCACAUCCUGGCAUCCACCAACCCAGGAGGGCGCUGCGUGGUGUGGGACCUGCGCAAGAACGAGCCGAUCAUCAAAGUCACAGACCACAGUGCACGGAUUCAAUGCAAAGCUGUAGCCUGGCAUCCAGAGGUGGCAACCCAGAUGGCGUUAGCCUCAGAGGACGACCAUUCACCCGUGGUCCAGAUAUGGGAUCUGAGGUUUGCUACGUCCCCACUGAAAGUCCUGGAAAACCACCAAAGGGGAGUGCUGUCUAUUGCCUGGUGCCCACAGGACCCCGACCUGCUCCUCAGCUGCGCCAAGGACAACCGCAUCCUCUGCUGGAACCCCAACAGCUCAGUGCAGGGCGGGGAGGUGGUCUACGAGUUGCCCACCUCCUCCCAGUGGAGCUUCGACGUCCAGUGGUGCCCCCGCAACCCGGCCGUCAUCGCCAGCUCGUCCUUCGAUGGCCACGUGACUUUCUACUCCCUGAUGGGCGGGCAGCGGGGGGACCAGCAGCUACAGCAGCGCCAAGCAGACAAGAUUGCCUCGUCUUUUCCAGGCACGGCCGGCUUUGGCCAGCAAUCACCCCAACAAACUCAGCCUUCGGCCGAGCCCACGGUCCUCAAAAAACCUCCCAAGUGGCUGCGUAGACCAGUAGGAGCAACCUUUGGGUUCGGUGGCAAGCUGGUGUCCUUCCAGUCGACCAAGCAGCAGCCCACCAACCAGGUGCACAUCAGCCAGGUGGUCACGGAAACGGAAUUGGUGAAUCGCUCCAACGCACUGGAAGAGGCCCUGGCCAAGGGGAACUUUCUGGAGUUCUGCAGCGCCAAGAUCUCCCAGUCCAAGGCCGCGAUGGAAUCUCAGAUAUGGAAAUUCCUGAAGGUCAAUUUUGAGAAGGACCCCAGGCCGCACUUUGUGUCGCUCCUGGGGUUCGACUCCAAGGAGCUCCUGCGCAAGGUCGCCACAGCGACCGGUGCCCCUCCGGGACUGACCAACGGCAUGCCGGGUGCCGUGAACGCGGAGGAGCUGGCCGAGAGGAUGCAGAACCUGGACGGGGGCUUGUCAGGGUCAGAGGCCAGCGGCACAGGGUCACCAGCUGUGGGGUCAAAGAGCCCAAGCGAUACCCUAGGGGACUCUGAUGGUGCAGCUGCCUUCGAUGCGAUAGCUGCAGGGGGGCCAGUGGAAGUCGAGAACCAGCCGGAGGUAGAGGUCAGGUCGUCCUCCCCCUUCACCAUCUCCAGGAAAGACGACAUAGAUGGCCUAAUCAGCCAGGCUGUCCUGACAGGCAACUUUGAGGCGGCCGUGGAGAUGUGCCUCCACAACGACCGGUUGGCGGACGCCAUCCUGUUGGCCAUAAGCGGCGGGCCGGAGCUCCUCAGCAAGACGCAGCGCAGGUACUUCAAGAAGGUCAAGUGCAACAUAUCACGGCUCAUAUCGGCGGUAGUCACCAAAGAUCUCUCGGACAUUGUCGAAUGUUGCGAUCUGUCCAACUGGAAGGAGACCCUCACAGCCUUACUGACCUACGCAUCAGUUAGUGAAUUCACAACAUUAUGUGAUGCCCUUGCCAGCCGGCUUGAGUCAGAUGAGUCCGGGGACCUGUCUGCCGAAGCCUGCCUCUGCUACAUCUGCUCAGGAAACGUGGACAAGCUGGUGGCCUGCUGGGCCAAGAUGACGCACAGUGCAAACACCCCACUACAGCUGCAGGAUCUGGUGGAAAAGGUCAUGAUACUCCGCAAGGCUCUACAGCUAAAGACGGGCAACGGCACUGAGGUCACCUCACCAGUGCUGGCCGAGAAGCUCACCAGUUACGCCCAGCUCCUGGCGGCCCAGGGCAGCCUGGCCUCAGCCACGGCCUACCUGGGCGACUCGGGCCAGCCCAAGAUCCAGGAGCUGAGGGAGCGGCUGUACCGCGCCCAGGGCGUGGUCACGGCGGGCGGCUCGCAGAGGAGCGUGGCAGGUGUGGCACCCACGAGGCAAGCGACCGCGCAGCCGGCAGGGAAGUCUCCAUUCAGUCGGGGUAACAUUGUGGACCCGUUCAAAACUACGACUGUCUCUAGCAGCCAGUACUACACUUCCCAGGUCAGCGCCACGGCACAGUCUUCAAACUACGGCUACGGACAGACGCAGCAGCCCCAGGUCUCGUCACAGCAGGCCGCAGGCGACGCCGCGGCCGCCAAGCAGCGCCACCCGAGCGGCGACCGGCACGCCAACCUGUCAGGCCCCCGGCAGUACCCCCACUACCAGCAGGGCAGCAUGCAGCAGUAUUACCACCAGGAGCCCACCCAGCAGCAGCUGCAGCAGGAGCAGCGGCAGGCCCACCCUAACCCCAGCAUGUACAACCCGGCCGAGUACAUGGGCGCCUCCACGGCGCCCGCACUGGCACCGACCCCCCUGCAGCAGAGGACACCGGGCCUGGCCGGUUACCCGCAGCGGGUGCAGCCAACAUCGGACGCAGCGGCUGCGCCGUCUUCAGGGUACCAGUCAAGCACCCCAGCUGCAAUGAAACCCAAGGCAGUUGUUGGAGCGUGGAAUGAUCCUCCUCUGAUCAAACCAAAGGAGCAGCAGAAAUUCACGGCGCCCGAGCCCAUCAUGGCACCCAUCGUGGGAGGGGUCCAGGACCCCACUCCGCCCCACUCGCCCGCCGCGUUGGCAGCCGGGGAAGGGGUGUACAACCCGGCCGAGGUGCCCGCCCAGCAGGUAUACCGUCCUAGUCAGGCCAUGUAUAACAGCCAGCCCCUGCCGAGUGGUUCCCAUAUCGCACCGCCACCUUCCUCCUCCUCACAAAACGCUACCCGCAGUGCCAAGGCCCCUGAGCCUGAGGUGGCCAAGGGUCCCAUCCCCGCCGAGCACCAGGAGCUGGCCGACACCUACGAGGGGCUUGCUAGGCGAUGCAGGGAAGCUGGUGGAAACAACCCGCAAAUCAAGAGAAAGCUUGAUGACGUGAACAAGAAGUUGAACAUCCUCUACGACAAGCUGCGUGCGGGAUCGCUGUCACCCAUGAUUCUGGCCGGCCUGCACGAGAUCGCCUCCGGCAUCAGCAGUUACGAUUACCAGACGGGUCUUUCCGUCCACAAGCGCCUGGUCUCCAGUGUCUACUUCUCCGAGAUCAGCUCUUUCAUGCCAGGCCUCAAGGUCCUCCUCCAAGUCUCCCAGCAGUUGCGAGUAUGAUGACAGGUGGAGGCAUUGUGCUUCAAGAUUUGCCAGUGGAUAUCUCAUGGUUCGGGUUUUGAAAUUUUGUUUUUAUGCAAGUAUGCAAUUUUUUUCGUCUCAAGUAUGCUUCUCUCGGAUAGAAUGUAAGAAAGCUCUCACUCUGGUAGCUGUUUUCUAUGGGAUUUGAUUGGAUUAUGUUAGUCACAUGACUGCUAGCUUUAACGUGGUACAUUCCUCAUGCUUCUGAAUGUAAUAGACACCUCUUUUCACCCUCAGUAAUGUCAUUGUUGAGUUAGACUCGACCUAAACGAAGAUGAAAUAUUUAUCUACGUCUCUCUCUUUUUAGGUGAAGAUCUUUCUUUUUUUUUCUUUCUUCGGUUCUUGUAUCAAUCAACCUUCACAGUUCAAGGCAGCUUUUAAGAUGAGAGAACAUUCUGAUGAAAAGACCAAUUUAAGGUGUAUGUAAUACUUGCUUUGUUGAAGGGGCUAGGUCAUGUCUCCAUGCUGAGAGAGAUUUCCAUGGAAAGGAUACCGCCAAAAAGUCUACACUUGGAAGUCAAAUGAGAAGGGCAUUUUACAUUGAAAGCCAUGCAGUUAACAAGACACGUUUUUGAAACCGGACGACUGUUCGAAAUAUCUGAACAAAUAAUCGUCAUCGCUCUCGGUUUGGGGUAAAUGAAUUGAUGAAAGAAACUUUAAAAUGUGUUUAUGCAAAGAAUUAACGGUAAUUUUUUUAAAAUGUUGCACGUUGUUUGUGCCCUGAAGGUAGAUGUCUCGUAGGUUGUAGCGCUAUGUGCCAUAUGGUAUCUUUAGAUUUCAAGCCAAAAGUUUUAUUUUAGUGUUGUGUCAGUUUUCCUUGCCAAUGAUCUGGUGAGAAAUGAGUCGGGGGGGGUUGGCUUAUUUCUUGUUGGGGCGGGUCACAAAACAAAACAGUGCUAGCUGUUGGCAAUAUAUGUCACACCAGUUCAUGGAUAAGCACUCACGCGUAUUAAAGUUCAUCAUUAAUCACAUAAUUGGGCGUUAUAAAAUUCCCUACUUUACGUAUGCUAUUCGCGACAACAGAAAUUCAGCAUAUGAGCAAAGUACUGAGUUACGCACAAGGACGAGAAUCUCAGUCACAGCCAACCUCGAUGAAAUGUGUUAUUUAUUUACUUGUAGCACACUUAAUAGGGAAAGAUCAAAGCAAAAAAAAAAAUUUAAACAAGGUUUCUUAAUGAAGUGUAAAUAACUGUACAGAGGCAAACAAAAUGAAACAUAUAUCUCUGCAAUCUGUAGGGAAAAAAACCCCAGCUUUCCAGAGUUCGUGGAGUUCAUGCAAUAGGACUUUGGUGAUUGUGGAUAUGAUACAAGUUUGUCUUUUUUUUAACUAGAUCAUGUUUUAUUUUUGGUCGUUCAUAUUAAGGGCCAUUCAAAAUCUUCACUGUUUUUAAAUUUCAUUUUUUUUUCUCCAAAUGGUGAGUCAACAAAAAAAAAUGAAAAUGGAAAUUCAUUUUUGAUUUAAAGAAAACCAACAAAACAAAAAGAGAUCAAUUGAAUUGCCUGAAUUUUGGUAUCAAACUGAACUUCAUGAUAUGCACAACCAUGGUCCAACAUACAUGUACAAACUAGACACACGUGCAGAGGCACAUUCAUGUAUUUACUUUACAUGUGCAAGCAUACAUAUACAUGUACGUGCCUGCAAUUUUAUACGGUACACUGGACUGGCAGUUUUAUUACUGGAUAACAAAAUCACUUUUUGGUUAAUUGAAAAUGGGGGUGGAUCAAAAAAAGUUAGGGAAAAAAUAUCAAAAUUUAAAACAUUGAAAAAUUCUGAUUGGCCCCUUACACAAAGGCACAUUAAUAGUGACACCAGAAAGGGCGAAAUGAUGGGGGGUGUAAAUUUUGAUGAGAUAUUGAUAAGAUUAUAUUGGCAACUUUGUUUAUAACCAGUUGCACAAAUAUGAGUCAUUUUUAAAUGAAUGUCCUUUAAAAUCUGACACUGGUAUGUACGGAUUUGUAUCAGUGUUUUCUGCACAGUUCCAUGAGUAAGAAUUCAAAUACGUUAACAGGUAGUAAAGAUUUUGAAUGCAGGAGAUUGUAAGUGGAAUGAAAUAAAAUUCUAAGAGUAACUUUGUACAUA